CUCAGUACAAGCAUGAAAAGAUGGCGGAUAUUAGUGAGCUGAAGCAUAUGGUUAUGAGCUUCAGAGUAUCUGAGCUCCAAGUUUUGCUCGGAUUUGCUGGAAGAAACAAAACAGGCAAGAAACAAGAACUCCUACAGAGGGCGCUGCAGCUAGUCCAGAAAGGUUGCUCAACUCCUGUACAGAUUAAAAUUAGAGAACUUUAUAGACGUUUCCCAAGCAAGACCAGUACCGCUCAUACCUCUCCAGUAAAAGCCCCGCACAAUCGUCAACCAAACACUCUACAAGAUGCCUUAGGAAGUCCACUAGAUUACAGUAAAGGUGCAGUGGCGCCCUCUAGUCAAGUCCCCGUUCACCCAGAUGUCAACUUUAGACCACUUGCAUUCUAUGACAAACUAGGAGAACUGCUGAAGCCUUCAAGUCUUGUUCCAAGGGGUAAUUCAAGGUUUCAAGAGACAUUCUUUGUGUUCCACCUGACACCCCAACAGGCGCAGGAUAUUGCCCUAUCCAGAGAUAUCCGCCCUGACAUGAGGGCAGAGUACACAGUCCAGGUGCAAUUAAGGUUUUGUCUAUUAGAGACAAGCUGUGAACAAAAUGACAAUUUCCCUCCCAGCAUUUGUGUUCGAGUCAACGGCAAGAUGUGCCCUCUACCCAAUCCUAUUCCAACAAAUAAACCGAAUGUGGAACCACGAAGACCCCCUAGACCAGUGAAUAUAACACCACUGUGUAGGAUAUCACCCACCUCUCCCAACCACAUUAACAUUUCAUGGUCAAAUUCAGACUUUGGAAGGAGUUUCUGUGUGGCAGUUUUCCUAGUGAGAAAACUGAACUCUGACAUAUUGUUGCAUCGACUAAAACAAUCUGGUAUACGUCAUCCCGAUCAUACUCGUGCACAAGUAAAAGAAAAAUUAGCUCAAGACAUGGACAGUGAGAUUGCUACAACAAGUUUGCGUGUCUCACUAAAUUGCCCCUUGGGCAAGAUGCGUAUGUCUACACCAGGUCGCUGUUCAUCAUGUACCCACCUGCAGUGUUUUGAUGUACCUAUGUACCUACAAAUGAAUGAGAAGAAACCCACUUGGAUCUGCCCAGUGUGUGAUAAACCUGCACAUUAUGAAAAUCUCUUCCUUGAUGGAUACUUUGCUGAGAUUAUACGAGAUGCCCAGGGUGAAACAGAGAUCCAGUUUCAUGCUGAUGGUACAUGGUCCAGACAAGAAAUCAAGAAAGAAGUAGAUUUGAUCUCAACUACACCUGUAGUGAAGGCACCAGCUGCCCAAGUAGCAGUGAAAGAGGAAGAAAAGAAGCCAACGGUUGUAACAGUGGACCUGACACUCUCCAGUGAUUCUGAAGACGAUGAGCCAAAGAAAGCCCCCUCAAUCUCACAAUCCCUCUUCCCAGCUGGAGAUACAACGUCUCAAAUGUCUUCUGGGAUACCUCCAGUCCCUCCAUUGAUCCCCCUCUUACAGAAUGAGUUGGCAUCAGCAAUAGGAAGUAUAUCUGUGACGCAACCAACUACAACGCUAGCCUCCACUAUGACCUCAGCAGGUGCAAGAGGAGAUCCACAUAAUAUACAAUCAAACAAUAUGGAGCUUAUGAAUCUCUUGCAUGGGAAGGAAGGCAUGUCAUCAGUGGACUCAGAGUUGGACAAUCUGCUAUCCUCAAUGCCGACUAGGCCUAGCACAGGGAAUACCACAGUAACAUUGGACGACAGUACACAAGGCUCACCCCCUGAUAUAAUAUCAAUUGACUAGAGAAAUAUAGCUCAAUAAUCAUGUAGAUUCCAUACUCAUAUGUAAAAAUGUUCUUAGAAUUCCACAUUGAACAAAGGGAGGUGUGUGUGCAAAUGAAAAUGCAUUUACGACAUGUACUCUGUACAGAUCAGGUUCAUGUAAAAAGAUGGUCUCCUUGCUAUUAAUUUAUAAAAUGACCUAACCAUGACUCUUCCUUAUUAGUUAACAUUCAACCAGGCCCAUGUAAAAGGAAGGCGAUGAUUUUUCAGAAACCAUCAUUCAGUUGCAUGGGUAUAUGAUUAUUACAUGAGGAGAAAAUAUGGUACAAUUUAUUUGUAUCUUGGUAUAAUUUAUGGUGCAGACUCAACUCAUGUUGUGUGGCAAUUAAUUUAUUCUGCGGAAAAUGUGCUCCAUUAUGUAGUGAUAUGGUGAUAUGAAUGGCCUAUAAGACUGUAUCAUCAUUCAUGUCAUGUCACGUCACAUUGACUAUGUCAUGUCAC